AAACGAGCCCAGCGUGAGUGAAGUAAAUAAAACCCGCUUCUCUACCCACCUCUCUUUAUUUUUCCUCUUAUAAAAACCCCCAUCAGACAACGCACCAUUAUCAUUAUCCUUCUCAAAUGGCCAAAAUGUGGCUUCUUCUUCAUCUUUUUAUCUCUACUCUCUUCUUCACUUCACCCUUUGUUCACUCCCGAACCACUCCACAGACCUACAAAACCUCCGUUCUUGAUGUCUCAGCUUCCGUUCAAAACACUCUCAAUGUUCUCUCCGUUCAUCCCAAACCCACACAAGCCUUUUCAGCGCAAGAGCAGAGCUUAGGCUCGAUAGACUCGGCUUCUUCCAAGCUUUCCAUGCAGUUACAACCAAGAACUUCGGUUCAGGGAACUUCACACACUGACUACAAGUCACUCACUUUAGCCCGACUCAAGCGUGACUCGGCCCGAGUCAGAUCUCUCUCAACUCGGUUAGAUCUGGCCAUUAAACGCAUCUCCAGGUCGGAUCUUAAACCAUUAGACAAUGGCUUGGAAUUCCAAGCUGAGGAUCUAGAAGGUCCCAUUGUGUCGGGAACGAGUCAAGGAAGUGGGGAGUACUUUUCCCGAAUUGGAAUCGGUAACCCGCCGAGUCAGGUGUAUAUGGUGCUCGACACCGGAAGUGACGUCAACUGGUUACAGUGCGCACCCUGCUCCGACUGCUACCAGCAAGCCGACCCCGUUUUUGAGCCGGCUUCCUCGUCUUCCUACGCUCCUCUCACGUGUGACACCAAACAAUGCAAGUCCCUCGACGAGUCCGAGUGUCGCAACGGCACGUGUCUUUAUGAAGUAUCUUACGGAGAUGGUUCGUACACUGUCGGGGAUUUAGUCACUGAAACUAUCACGUUGGGCUCGGCUAAGGUUCAUAAUGUAGCCAUUGGCUGCGGUCACAAUAAUGAGGGGCUAUUUAUCGGAGCCGCCGGCUUACUUGGACUGGGAGGCGGCUCGCUUUCUUUUCCUUCUCAGAUUAACGCGACUUCUUUCUCUUAUUGUCUCGUCGACCGCGAUUCUGACUCAGCGUCAACUCUCGAGUUCGACGCGCCGUUACCUCAUAACGCCGUUACUACACCUUUGCUCCGUAACCCCGAACUGGACACAUUUUAUUAUCUCGGUGUAACGGGACUCAGUGUGGGCGGUGAGUUACUCUCGGUUCCCGAGUCUGCAUUCAAAAUAGACGAGACAGGUAACGGAGGGAUAAUUAUCGACUCGGGAACGGCAAUAACUCGGUUGCAAACGGACACGUAUAACGCGUUACGGGAUGCGUUUGUUAAAGGAACGCAGGAUUUGGUGUCAACUAGUGGUGUGUCGUUAUUCGACACGUGCUAUGAUAUGUCGUCUAAGAGUAGCGUUGAGGUGCCUACGGUGUCGUUUCAUUUUGCAGAUGGGAAAGCGUUACCGUUACCACCGAAGAAUUAUUUAAUACCGGUUGACUCAAGUGGAACGUUUUGUUUCGCGUUUGCUCCUACGACGUCGUCGUUAUCAAUCAUUGGGAACGUGCAGCAGCAGGGGACACGUGUCAGUUUCGAUCUUGUCAAGUCUCUAGCUGGGUUCUCACCAAAUAAAUGUUGAGAACAGUAGUUUACAUUUUGUGACGGUUUUACCCUUGGUCAAGAGGG